AUGGGGCCCAUAUUUGCUAGCACAGUCCUUUGGUCGUAUCCGGUCGCUUUUGGCUUGGUAUCUCUCGGUGCCAACUCCUAUGAGGCCUUGUACAAAAAAGAUGAACCUACAAACAAAUUGCUUAAUCGUCGUCGCAUAGAGCGAGCGAAUAAGUCUUUACUUUUACUUCAUUGCAUACUAGCUCUUCUUCUUGGCGCGAUUAUUUCUAUCUUGUUGAUUUUUUGCAGCUCUCUUCUUCCCGACCCUGACAUUCCUUACUCCCCAAACAACGCGAAUUUUCAAACAUGGCUACUGAGCAUUGUAUACGAGGCAGCCAUCCUCAUCAUUUGCUUCAUCAGUGCCAACAAUUUGAAUAAUGGACGCCAGAAUGCGCUAGAGAUUUCAUGCGAAGCGCUAGGAGCCGCUCGACUUGUGAUCCUUAGCUUGAUGGCGAUACUUUUUGUUUUCAGCCGGCGUAGAAUGGAUGAUGCGAAUUCGGAUAGCGAAACUGAAUCUCUUCUCACGACCGCGUCGCCAAGUUCUAAGGAUGCACAAACCGUGUCGGCUUUCGACUACCUAGCUGGAUUCCGUGAUCUAAUCCCAUAUCUCUGGCCUUCCGAUGACGUUAUUUUGCAAACCUGGGCUGUCUUCUGUUUUGGUUUACUAGUAGCCCAGCGAUUUAUUAACAUCAUGGUACCACACCAACUUGGUAUUCUAGUCGAACAUCUGGGCAAAGGAAAUUUGCCGCUGAGAGACAUCAUGUUGUAUGUGGUUUACCGCAGUUUGCAGGGACAACAGGGUGUCCUAGGAUCGAUACGCGCCAUCUUGUGGAUCCCCAUCAGCCAGUCCGCCUACCGCAGACUUACUGUCGCCGCAUUUGAGCAUGUUAUGAAACUUUCGCUAGACUUCCACUUGAGCAAACGUGUUGGCGAAGUCAUCAGCGCGCUGAGUAAAGGCAGCGCAAUCAACACCUUCCUGGAUGGGCUUAUCUUCCAGCUGUUUCCAAUGGUUUUUGAUCUUGCUGUCGCGGCUGUAUAUUUCUUUGUUUUCUUAGACGCCUUCUACGCCAUCAUCGUUGUCGCGGUCAUGUGGUUUUACUUGUUUAUCACCAUAUACAUGGCGAAGUACCGUGGUCGCGCAAGACGCGAAGCAGCAACGAGAGAUCGCGAGAUGGAUGCGGCCAAAACUGACGCUAUCAUGUCCUACGAAACUGUUCACCACAACAGUGCCCUACCUCUUGAGCUUUCGAAAUUCCAGCGUCUAGUAAAAUACUUCCAGGAAGCGGAGUACUCGGUAUUCUUCUCACUAAAUGUGCUGAAUGCAGUACAAAACUUCAUAUUCGUCCUCGGCGUACUCCUAACCUGCCUUCUCGCAGCGUUCCAAAUUUCAGAGGGAACCUACAAAGUAGCCAUGUUCGUUACAAUUUUGACCUACCUGGCUCAGCUUCAAGCGCCGUUGAACUUUUUUGGAAGCUUCUACACUCAGGUACAGAAUAAUAUGGUAGACGCUGAACGUAUGCUUGCACUGUAUAAGAUCACGCCUCAAGUACAGGACAGCCCGAACGCUAAACCUAUGAACUCAUGUUUUGGUAGAAUCAGUUUCAACAACGUCCAGUUCGCUUAUGACAAGCGUAAGCCAACUCUCGACAAUGUCAACUUCGAAGUCCUGCCCGGUACCACGACCGCUAUUGUUGGUGAGAGCGGCAGCGGUAAAUCAACGAUUCUCAAGCUUCUCUUUCGCUUCUACGAGGUUGAUGGCGGUAGUGUCAAGAUCGAUGGAGUUGAUGUGCGUGACAUUACCAUGGCCACUUUGCGCCAACACUUCAGUGUCGUACCUCAAGACACUAUCCUUUUCAACGAAAGCAUCCUCUACAAUGUUCAGUAUUCGAAUCCUAAUGCCACUUUCGAGGAGGUACAGGCUGCAUGCAAAGUCGCCAGUAUUCAUGAGAAGAUUAUGAGCUUUCCCGACAGGUACAACAGCAACGUUGGAGAACGAGGCCUUAGACUCUCCGGUGGUGAGAAACAGCGGAUUGCAAUUGCUAGAGCGGUACUCAAGCGUCCGCAAAUCAUGUUGUUGGAUGAGGCGACUGCCUCGUUGGACUCGCAGACUGAGCGUCUGAUUCAAGAUUCCUUGAAGACUGCUUGCAAAGGACGUACUACUAUUGCUAUCGCUCAUCGCUUGUCAACAAUCACGGAUGCCGAUCAGAUCAUCGUUAUGCACCACGGACACAUCGUGGAGAGGGGUCGCCAUAAGCACCUGCUGGCCAAUGAUGGGAUAUACAAGUCGAUGUGGGAGAAGCAGACCAAAGAUAGUUCUGCGUAGAUACAGUGUUUGAAUGGUUUAUAACAGAGUUCUUCUUGCAUAGUGCAGCACUGCUGGUGGGGUUGUUAAAUUGAGUUGCUAGCUGUGAACGUCUCAUCAUAGUGUAUUUGGUCUGUCUAAAUUGGGGAGUUUUCCUGUAUUUCGAGUAACACUUGACUAGUAAUUGCACAGGGAAUUUUAUUCUAAACCAUCAAUGUACAUAGUCUUCUACUAUAGCGAGCUGGUAUUACCUCGGC